AUGGCGAAUCUGUGGCGAAACAAGCAACAACCAGUUCGAUCAUUCGUUGGACCUGCUUGUAGUGUUGGGUGUGAGCCAGGAGGCAUUUUGGCAGCUGCUUGGAAUGUACCCAUGAUAUCAUGGGGUUGUGCAUCUCCCUCAUUAUCUGAUAAGAAAAAAUUUGCUACAUUUACUCGUACUUCGGGCCCUUAUUCCGCUGUUGGUAAAUUAAUACAACUUUUAGUCAAGCACUACAACUGGACCAGAGUUGGUUUGUUAACAUCGUUAGAGAAUGCAUGGCAAGUAGUGGCAAUCGCUAUUAAGCAAGGUGCACCGCAAGGGAUUAAAUUCGAACAGUAUAAUUUUCAAACUGGAGUUGGUUUAUCUAACGACAAGAAGGUACCUUUAAGACACAAGGCUGAGUUAUUGAUCCAAGCACGCAUUUUUGUAUUAUGUGCUUAUGGCGGCGAUAUACGCGAAAUUAUGUUAAAUGCCAAAGAUCUUGGAUUGUUAAAUGGAGAUUACGCCUUUAUUGCUGUUGAACUAAAUAUCGAUUCUCAUAUUGGCGCUAACACCUGGAUGGGCGCUGAUAAUCGGGAUAAUGAAGCCCUAGACGCAUAUAAUGGCAUGUUAAAUGUUCAUUUAAGGACACCCGAUUCACCACGAUGGAAAAAUUUUACUGCUGAUAUUCGUCGACGAGUUGCUGCUCCACCAUAUAACAAGCCGUUAGCAGCAGACGCAAAGGUCGAUACUUAUGCUGGAACAUUACAUGAUGCGAUCAUACUAUAUGCAUUAGCUUUAAAUGAUACUUUACAAGAAGGUGGUAAUAUCACUGAUGGUUUAACAGUUACAAGAAAAAUGUUUAAUCGAACGUUUACAGGUGUUACUGGAGAAGUUGUCAUUGAUCAAAAUGGAGAUCGUGAUCCUGAUUAUGUCCUACAGAAUUUAAUUAAUGGUGCAUAUGUCGAUAUUGGAUUAUAUGUUUCAGCACAACAAAACUUCUCUAUGACGCCUGGUAAAGUAGUUGUAUGGCCUGGAAAUACGACUGUAGUACCUAAAGACAUACCACCUUGUGGAUGGCGAAAUGAAAAGUGUUCAGGCAAUUUAAGUGUUCUUGGAGGCGCAAUUGGAGGUUCUGUUGCGGCAUUAAUCAUUCUAUUUAGCGCUAUAUUUUACUAUUUGUGGAGAAAAUCUCGCUUUGAAGCUGAUCUAUCAAGUAGCUUAUGGAAAAUUGAUUAUAACGAAAUUAUAUUUAAUGUAAAACCUGGAGCAAAUAUGUUUGGUAGUAUGAAAAAUAAAGCCGACGCGAUAUCUAUAGGAUCAGCGUCUUAUGUGGAAGAUAUGCAAAUUUUUACUUCCAUGGGUUUAUAUAGGGGAAAUUUUGUAGCAAUUAAGAUGAUCCAUAAGAAGCACAUCGAUCUUUCUCGAGCAUUGCUUAUAGAAUUAAAACAAGUCCGCGAUAUGAAUCACGAUAAUGUGAAUCCGUUUGUUGGAGCUUGUAUUGAAGUCCCAAAUAUAUGUAUAGUCACACAAUAUUGCAAUAAAGGAAGCUUACAGGAUGUUUUAGAAAAUGACGAUAUCAAAUUAGAUGAUACUUUCAAAUUAUCAUUUGCUAUGGAUAUUGCAAAGGGAAUGCAUUAUAUACACUGUUCGUCAAUUAAAUCUCACGGCAGUUUAAAGUCCUCUAAUUGUGUUAUUGAUAGCCGUUGGGUUUGCAAAAUUACGGAUUAUGGUUUAGCGACUUUUAAAAGUAAUCAAGAUGAUGAGCAAAUAGCACUACAUCGUUUAUUUUGGAGAGCACCUGAAUUAUUAAGAGAUAUGAAUUUUAAAGAUAAUCCAUAUGGAACUCAAAAAGGCGAUAUCUACAGCUUUGGGAUCAUUAUCUACGAGAUCUUUACAAGAAACGGACCAUAUAGUAACAGCGAUUUAUCACCAAAAGAUAUUAUUGAACGAAUUAUGAACUGUGAAAGUCCGCCAUUUCGCCCCUGUACGAAAGGAGAAGACGGUAGGAAUCAAUGGUUAGCCUUGAUGGAUGACUGUUGGGUAGAAAAUCCUGAAAUGAGACCUUCAUUUUCGCUUAUUAAAAACAAGCUGCGAACAUUUGCAGAUGGAAAAUCCAUGAAUUUGGUAGAUAAAAUGAUCUCCAUGAUGGAAAAAUAUGCUGAUCAUUUAGAAGAAUUAGUUGAAGAAAGAACACAUCAGUUGAUAGCUGAAAAAAGAAAAACCGACGAAUUGUUGUACCGAAUGUUACCAAGAUCCGUUGCUGAACAGUUAAAGGCUGGCAAUACAGUUACAGCAGUUAGCUUCGAUGAUGUUACCAUCUUUUUCAGUGAUAUAGUGGGAUUUACUAAUUUGGCCUCUGAAAGUACUCCAAUGCAAGUGGUCGAUUUACUGAAUGAUCUCUAUACUUUAUUCGACGCCAUUAUAGAUUCUUAUCAUGUCUAUAAGGUUGAAACCAUUGGCGACGCCUAUAUGGUAGUUUCUGGUUUACCCGUUAAUAAUGGUAUCAAGCAUGCAUCAGAAAUUGCCCGUUUGGCGUUAGAUUUACUUAGUUCUAUGACUAAAUUCACAAUUCGACAUAGACCAGGUGUACAAUUAAAACUACGAAUUGGAAUUCAUUCAGGUCCAUGUGCAGCAGGGGUUGUUGGUUUGAAAAUGCCACGUUAUUGUUUAUUUGGGGAUACCGUUAAUGUUGCAUCGCGAAUGGAAUCAAACGGAAAACCGUUACGCAUUCAUGUAAGUCAAGCCUGCCGAAAUGUGUUAGAGGAGAUCGGUGGAUUUAAAUUAAAGGAAAGAGGUUCCAUCUUUAUUAAGGGAAAGGGCAAUGUCAUUACUUACUGGCUUAAGGGUUAUGUUGGCUCUAAUAAAGAAUUACCUAAAGUAGAAAUUGACGAUCCUAAUGAUAACUAUUACGACCCUGAUGAAUGGAUUGCAGACAAUAUAGUAUAA